GGAAGGCGCGCGCCCUGCGACCGUCCCAGCGCGCGCUCGCUCGCUCCCUCGCUCGCGGAAAGCCCUCAGCCGAAGGAACUGAGAAGCGGAGCCGCAGCCUCCCCAGAAAAGAAAACAGAAAAACAAUGAAUACAUAUAUAUUCAGCUAUUAUUUAUUUCAGUUUUGUGGACAUUCAUGGAUAUUUACCAAUAUGAUCAUCAGAUUCCUUUCAUUUGGGGAAGAUUCUGUUGCAGAUACUUUUCAUUCUAUUGGACUGGUGAUGCGUAUUUGCCAGCUAGCAUCUAUACUAGAGCUUCUGCAUAUUUGGUCUGGCAUUGAGAAGGAUCAUUUUUUUCCAAGAUUCUUACAGAUCACAGAAAGAAUUGUCAUCUUAUUUGUUGCCAUAGCAAGUCAAGAAGAAGUUCAAGGGAAAGGCAUUGUAUGUGUCUUGUUUUUCCUUUGGAGUUGCAUUGAUGUCAUCAGAUACACACACUGCAUACUAUUGGAGAGAGGGAUAUACUUUCAAGGACUAGCUUGGCUCUAUCAUUCACUGUGGAUUCCUUUCUAUCCUCUCUCAGUUUUGGCUCAAGCAUUUGCCAUAUAUGAAUCGUUGCCUCACUUUGAAACCUCAGGCACUUAUUCCAUCCGAAUACUCUUUCCAUUUGAUCUAACCGUUUACUUUCCCUACGUACUGAAAAUGUACAUGGCAGUAUUGUUUGGUGGUGCCUAUUUCAUUGUUCAGUAUCUUUAUAUGGAACGGAAGACUCAUCUAGGAAGCAGCAAGAUCAAAGAGAAAAGCAGCUAACUCAUGUUUUUGGUCGGAAAUGACAAAUUUCACCUCUUAUGAAACAGCCUUUGUGACAAUUACUAAUAUUUCAAGAUCUAGUCACUUGGAGAUUUCAGGUUUAAAAAGCACACUAUACUUUCUUCGCAAUUAGAUCGUUUGCUCACAGACUUUGUACACAGAGGCACACGAAGCAGAAUCAAAAGAAUUCCUUGAUUGCUUAAACACACUUUCACUAGCUUUCUCAUUAUAUUCAGUGGAAUGCAAAAGCUACUUGCUCUAUUGCUGUUACAGUAAUGAGAACAUUACCUCCUUUAAAAGCCAGGAUAUUAUGUACAUGCAUGUGUAUAUAUAUCCACACUGGAGAAUUCUUUCAAAAUUGUCUAGGAGGCGUUCAUUGUUUCUAACACUGCCACAAAGGACAACAGCCAAAACAACCUUCCAACACACCUUUUUGUCAGCUGGUGUCUUUGAAGAACUAUUACGUGAAAACCAGACAGAACAAAACAAUUUGAUAGCAAUAAUCAACCUUUUUAAAAAUAGAAUAUAUUGUAGGGCAUUUUGUGUGCACCUGAAAUUUUGAUUACGUGUCUGAUGAUAUGUUGCAAAUCAUAACAUUAUCCACCCAGGUAUAGAUAAAGCAGGAAUGGGCUUUCUAUAACUCGGGAACCUUAUUUAUUCCCAAGUCUGUAUUUUGGUAAUCUAGAGCUUGUUAGGAUCAUGCCAUUGAAAUUUGAUGACAAAAGGCUUCUUAUCAGCCAUGUGGUUUUAAAUAUGUUUUUAGGAUUUUCAAAAUAAGUAUGGCUAAGCCUUUCAAAACCUUAAAAUCUGAUUUGUUGUAUUCUUUCUCUCAAUCAGCCACAUCCCUAAAAUGCUGAGUUGAAAAAUGAUUUUUAAAAUGGCGCUCACCCGUGUUAAAGUAUGUGUGAAUGUGUUCCUUAUGAUUAGACUUUAUAUAAUAGUAGCAACAUUUUUGAAAGUCCUCCAAACUUUAAUGCUGAUUGCCCCCUCCUUGUGACUCCUUUUUAAUCUUUAAUCUUUUUAAUCUACAUUUUUCCUUGAGGAAAUUCUCCCUUCCUUAUUCCAUAAGUUGUAUUUCAUUUCAGAAAUGCAAUAACCAAAGAUAUUUGCAGGAAGAAUAAAGUAUGCUGAAAUGAGUGGAGACUUUAGGGAGAUAGAAAUAUUGAAGUUCAAAACAUUGGGGGAUGGGUGGGGAUAACAGGUUGAGAAACCUUGAUAUUAACCAGGUACAGAAACCAGAUGUUUUUCCAUGCAUGUUGUUGGAUCAAAUCCCAACGUACCUCCAUCAAUGCUUCUGUAGCUCUUUUUCUGGGAAACUUUCUUUUGAUCUGAGGUUUAAAUAUAGAUUAGGGGGCUGGGAUCCUCUUCCAUGUCUUAAACACCACCAUAAGUGAACUUUUUUUUUUUUUUUAGUCUAUGGCCUGAUAUUUUGGAGAAAAUUUAAAUUGUUAAGGCAAAAAAACCUAUCAUUUGGCCAUAGAAAGGCCUACUUCUGAUUAAAAUGACACUCCUCAGUUUAAGCUAGUUAAGUCCUAAUUUGUAUGCAUCUCCCUUUAAAAUGUUUUUUUUUCCAUAGAGAAAACCAGUGCCAAAUAGGAUCAUUUCCAUGUUGAAGGAACCCCUGGGGAAACACUUUCUUGUCAGCCUAAUUUCCUUUGUACCGAUAGUGGUAGCAAGAAUAUCAAUAAACAGUGGGUAGCUGCUUUGUGUCAUCGCACAUUGUCUAAAAAAUAAAACUCAUUCAAAAGUUCAAUUUUUCAAGGCAAUAUUUUUAAUCUUACCACACUGAAGUUGUCAAACGCAUUGCUGACCAACCUUUUAUGAAAUCUUAUCUUGUUUAAACUUCCUUACUCAACUAACCCAACUCCCACUUUCUAAUAGGAAUUUCCUUUUCUUUCUUUCUCUUUCUUUCUUUCUUUCUUUCUUUCUUUCUUUCUUUCUUUCUUUCUUUUUCUUUCUUUCUCUUUCUUUUUUUCUUUUCUUUCUUUCCUCUCUCCUUCUCUCAAUAGAACAAAUGGUACAUAUUCAAAUAAGCAGGAUUUUUAAGUAUCUUUCCUCAAGAAAGAUAACAACCUGUCCCUAACAGAAGCUCUUAUUCCACAGCGUAAAAGAUUUAUUUGCAAGACACCGUAUGGCCAGCAGAUAACAGUAUCUGUUUCUUCAUGAUCCCUACCAGCCAUAAGCUUUUGUCCAUACUGCUUUCUUCUUGAACUCUGGAAGGGAUCUCAGGGACAAUAAAGAAGCUGUUAAAAGAACACACACAAUAUCACCAAUGGAAACAGAAACAAAUAUUCUACUGUUGCAUGCCUGAAAUGAUUUGAAAGUCAAUUAACAUCACAGGAAGAACUCUCUUGGAUCAAAUCAAAGGCCCAUCAAGCUCAGCCUUCUUCCACCCCCAACCCGCCACCCAGCAGCAAAGGCCUAUGGAAAAUCCACAAACAGGAACUGAACAGAAAAACACUUGUUCUUCACAUCCAAAGGUAACUACUAGAAGACAAUAAAAGGCUCAUCCUCCAGAAAAAGAUCUGAAGCUGAAACAUCCCACCUUCGACUGUCCCACAACUUUAUAAUGAGAUGUGUAAAACAAGUCUGAAUAACAAUAUCUUUUGUAAACAUGUUUUUGCUUUUAAAUUGAUAUAAAUCACCUUUUUAAAAAACAA